ACAACCAACGAAGCUCGAAUCAGAGUCCUUCAAACCCUCACGGUCUGCCGCACCGUCAUCUCCAGUCUCGAGGUGACCCGCCUUCGCAAGUCUCGCGUCGGCUUCGACAACUGGCUCUCCUUCUGGGAACGAGUCUAUCAGCUAGAACUCGCCCGUAAGGUCGCAAACCCCGUGGUAUACGCUUACCGUCUGAUCGACGAGCUCUUCCGUGCUGUUGCACAGGAACUCAAGCAUGCCACGCAGCGGUGCGUGAACUACGUGAUGCAGGCGCAGUCCGCUACGGACAUCUCGCGAAGCGUCCAGCUUUUUGACCCGGUUGUCAAGCUCUAUUGUCGACGUCGGCGGAAAAGAGCCCAAGAUAUACUGGACAUGAUGCGUGAGAGCAUCAAGGACAUUCCGAUGCACGUUAGCGAUGAUUUCUUCACGGAUGUGAAACGUGGUGUGUUUGCGUUGAAUGAGCGCUGCGAGUACCAUCCUGGUGAUCCGAUUGCUGAGGAGCGGGAACGAGUGUUUCGUUUGGAGGUGCCCCCG